AUGGAACAAAGGUGUAACAAGGGAGAGAUGUCCGACAAGAAUGACAAUCACUGCGUGCUCAGGAAAUGGAAUAGUUGCGCUUUAGAGUUGACCGUCCCCUCGGAGAUUUCUGAAUCUGCAAUUACGAAGUUGCACAUAUACGAUUUUGACAAUACGUUAUUUGCUACGCCAGGACCCACAGAACAUUUUUAUACACGUGAGUUGCUGAAUCUGUUGACAUCAAGCGUGUUGCCGAACGGGGGCUGGUGGAAUGAGCAGGAGUUCUUGCGUGCUGCUAUCAAGAUCUCGAAGACUAAACCCAGAGGAUAUUCGUGGAAUGAGGAGAUUAUUAGAUUGGCAGAGAAGUCGUUCUGUUCCAAGGACACAAUUUCGAUUGUUUUAACAGGCAGAGAGGAAGGCAAGUUCUAUGAGUUAAUACAGCAUGCUUUACAAACAGCGAAAAGCCAUUGGAAGUGUUCACGAAAUGAAUUUAGGUUCAAUGCAGUUUGCCUGAAGAAGACCGCAAUUUCUAAAUACACGAGUGAAUAUAAGAAGGAGUUGAUGCGAGACUUUUUAAAAUAUUAUCCUUCGCUAAGAGAGUUGACGAUAUAUGAUGAUAGAGUACAUCAAAUAGAGGCAUUCAAAACUUUCUUCCAUUCUUUGGAUCUGCCGCGCUUGAAAUGGUUUGCAAUUCCCGUGCGGCCGUUUACCAAAUCUCUGCCAAGAGAGCAAGAACUUGAAAUGGUGACGGAGAUGAUGGACAAGAAUAACAGUCAAGCUUUUAGUCCUUCACAAAAGUUUGAUUUGUCAUGGACACCAAAACAAACCGGUUACAUUCUCAGUAUGGCUUCGCAUCGGCUGUUAUCGAAAGAAGUUAUAAAGUAUUUGAGGCGGAUAAAAGGGAGAAAAACGUUCAAACCCAAACUGUACGAAUAUCCUUUGUAUAUACCAUGUGCGGAACCUGGCGAAAAUAUCCCUGCGCUUGAAAUUGCUAAGACAUGGUCGAACAACAAUCUCUGCGCAUUUGAUUCUGAAGAGAGACUACAUCGUAUUCUGAAGCAAUUUUAUCAGCAACAACCUGCAAAAUGCAUUAUACAUUUCCAAGUGACCGGCCUGGCUGUCAUAUCUUCUGUGUACCACAACAAAAGGAAACCUCUAGAGGUCUAUUUCAAGGCCACGCCCGAACCAAAUAGAUACGCUUUCUCGAAGUUUCCAGAGUUUAUAGUCACCGGCUACUUUUACAAUAAAGACAAAAUUGAUGAUUUAGAAGUGGUGACGGAGCGUCUACUAAACUCCAAGAAGGCCAUUCAUUGGACCCCGUUGGACAAUUCUAUCUCAAUAAAGACUUUUUUCGGACAGUAUGCUAAGUUGGCCCCAAUACUGUGUUCAAAUGAAUUAUAA